AACAACUGAAACUUUGUCUUUAACUAAUGUUGAUGUGAAGACCAUAUCUGAGCUUUUAUCCAUGGCAGUUUCGGGAGUUUAUCAGGGUGAUGUUGUCUACAAUUGUGUUGCAACAGUUGAUGACAUCCUGCUAAAAAAUGGAUUGUAUUAUGUUUCUUGCCCUCAUUGUAGGAAAACUGUGAGUUCCACUGAGACAGACUUCAAUUGUGAGCAUUGUACUAAAAAGGUCGACUAUCCAAAGAUUAGGUACCGUUUGGAACUUCAAGUCAACGACUCUACGGAAUCAACAAUAUUUGUGUUGUUUGCCGAAGUUGCUGAACAAUUGGCACAACUAAAGCUAGAUGACCUCACCCCGGAUUUAGAAAAUCAGACUGGACGUGACUCUGAUCUGCCUAAACAGCUCCAGCAUAUCAUUGGUUCAAAGCAUAUUUUUCAAGUUAAGCUGAGCUCUUACUUUGAACGUCGUGGAGUACAAAGCUUCACUGCACAUAAGAUUCUGAAGCCAGUUGUUAAGAUUGAGAAAGAAGACAACAUUGCCACUGCGUGUUCUUCCUCAAGUGGAUCUCUUACCAUUGAAAUACCAGAUUUGCCGAAGAAGAGGAGAAAAUUAAUAUUGCACUCCAACAAAUCAGGUGAUAAUGACCAGAAUGAAGAUGUGGAAGAUUUAGAAGAUUGA